CCCACUCAUCAGGUCAACCAUCUAACUUUAGCUUGAGUCAACGUACAUAUAUACGUACUUUAAAACUGCCCAAAGAAAAAAAGAAAAGGAGGACGUGGCUUACAAAAACGAGCACUCAAUUUCACCGAAACUAAACCCGGACGUGUUCCCCGUUAAAAAACCCGAUUUGAUAAUCGGCAAUAAGUCCUGUCACUUUUGUAAUUUUAUUGAAAGUUUUAGUUCCUUCUGUUCUGGCCGGGCCUCUUUGGUCAAAAAAAAAAUAAAUAAAUAAAAACUAAGACAAAGGGAAAGAGAAGUCGUCGUCCUCCAAACUCCGAACCCUAUUUCCCCGAUAUCUUUUCCAUUCAGCAAAUUUUCUAUUUAACUUUUCCUUUCUAUUUGCUUUUCUAUUUAUUUUCGGAAAAUUCAUUGUAAACUGGAUAUGGAUUUGGUAACCAGUUGCAAGGAUAAAUUGGCAUAUUUUCGAAUAAAAGAACUCAAGGAUGUUCUCACUCAGUUGGGUCUUUCAAAGCAGGGGAAGAAGCAGGACCUUGUUGAGAGGAUAUUAGGUGCUCUCUCUGAUGAACAAGUUGCAAAGAUGUGGGCAAAGAGGACUCCUGUGGGAAAGGAAGAGGUGGCAAAACUUGUUGAUGCCAUAUACAGGAAGAUGCAGGUUCCUGGAGCUACUGAAUUGGCAUCAAAGGGACAGGAUGUGUCAGACAGCAAUAAUGUUAAACUUCAAGGGGAAAUAGAUGAUCCAUGUCAAUUAGAUAUGAAAGUUCGUUGUCCCUGUGGAAGUUCAUUGGAUAAUGAGAACAUUAUCAAGGUAAUGAUGUGUGAGGACCGAAGAUGCCAAGUGUGGCAACAUAUUGGUUGUGUUCUAAUUCCUGAGAAGCCUAUGGAGGGAAAUCCGCCACUCCCUGAUUUAUUUUAUUGUGAGAUUUGUCGACUGAGCCGAGCUGAUCCCUUUUGGCUUACUAUUGCACAUCCUUUAUAUCCAGUGAAGUUGGCUGUUGCAAAUAUCCCAACUGAUGGUACAAAUCCAAUGCAAAGUGUGGAGAAAACAUUCCAAAUCACCAGAGCAGACAGGGACUUGCUGACAAAACAAGAGUAUGAUGUCCAGGCAUGGUGCAUGCUUCUGAAUGACAAAGUUCCAUUCAGGAUGCAGUGGCCUCAAUUUGCAGAUUUGCAUGUCAAUGGUGUUUCUGUUCGUGCUAUUAAUAGACCUGGUCAGCAAUUGCUGGGGGCUAAUGGGCGUGAUGAUGGUCCAAUUAUAACUCCAUGUACUAAUGAUGGAAUUAAUAAGAUAACUUUGACUGGAUGCGAUGCUCGUGUAUUCUGUUUUGGAGUUAGAAUUGUUAAACGGCGAACUGUUCAACAGAUACUCAAUAUGAUUCCCAAAGAGACUGAUGGUGAACGUUUGGAAGAUGCCCUUUCUCGUGUUUGUCGUUGUGUUGGUGGUGGAACUGCAACGGACAAUGGUGAUAGUGACAGUGACCUAGAAGUUGUUGCAGAUGUUUUUGGAGUCAACCUAUGCUGCCCUAUGAGUGGUUCAAGAAUGAAGGUGGCUGGAAGGUUUAAACCCUGUUUUCACAUGGGUUGUUUCGAUCUUGAAGUUUUUGUAGAGCUUAACCAACGUUCUAGGAAGUGGCAGUGCCCAAUUUGCCUGAAGAACUACACAUUGGAGAAUGUUAUAAUUGAUCCUUAUUUUAAUCGCAUCACAUCCAAGAUGAGACAUUGUGGAGAAGAUAUUACAGAGAUUGAGGUCAAGCCUGAUGGUUCUUGGCGUGCAAAGGCUAAAAGUGAAAAUGAGCGUAGAGAACUUGGUGAUCUUGCAAAUUGGCAUUCUCCUGAUGGUACCCUCUGUGGAUCUGGCAGUGUGGAGGUUAAGCCUCAGAUUAAACUUGAAGGUACUUCAGGACAUACAGGUUUGAAACAUGGAAUCAGGAAGAAUCCCAAUGGGUUCUGGGAUGUUAGCAAGCCUGAAGAUAUGAACACCUCUUCUGGUAGUAGAUUACAAGAAAGGUUUGAAUAUCAUGAGCAAAAACUUAUUCCAAUGAGCGGCAGUGCCACUGGAAGUGGUAAGGAUGGUGAAGAUGCCAGUGUAAAUCAGGAUGGUGGUGGAACUUAUGACUUUAGAAGCAAUGGGAUUGAACUUGAUUCCAUGCCUCUGAACAUAGAUUUGACAUAUGAAUUUACUGACAGAAAUCCAUCUACACCAGUAGGAAAUGCAGAAGUUAUUGUUCUUAGUGAUUCAGAUGAAGAGAAUGAAAUAUUAAUAUCUUCUGUAACUUCCUAUAAGGAUAAUCAAAAUGAUGCUGGUGGACUUAAUUUUCCAGUUGCUCCUCCUGGAAUUUCUCAUCCAUAUUCAGAAGAUCCAUCUCUUGAGCCUGCUGGUAAUUUAGGUCCUUUUACUCCCCAUGAUGAAAUUGACAUGUCUCUAUGGCAAUUACCUCUGGGAACCCAAGAAGGCUUAGGGUUUCAACUAUUUAGUCCAGAUACGGAUGUCUCAGAUGCCUUAGUUGAACUGCAGCGUAAUUCCCUCAAUUGCCCUUCAUCAAUGAAUGGCUAUGCAUUGGCUCCUGAGACAACAAUGGGAUCUGCAACUCUAGUCCCCGGUUCUUCCAUUGGUCAGAUUGAUAUGGGUAUAAAUGAUGGCUUGGUUGACAAUACCUUGUUUAGUGGAGAAGAUCCCUCGCUUCAGAUAUUUCUUCCAACAUGUCCUUCAGGUGCAUCAGCACAUUCUGAUUUGAGAGAUCAAGCUGAUGUAUCAAAUGGCAUCCGUACCGAUGAUUGGAUCUCACUUAGGCUUGGAGGUGGUGCAAGUAGUGGUCAUGGGGACUCAACAACUGUGAAUGGAUUGAAUUCAAGACAGCAGAUACCUUCGAGAGAGGGAGCUAUGGAUUCUUUGGCUGACACCGCUUCUCUGCUGCUUGGUAUGAACGACAGUCGACCUGAGAAGUCAAGUAGGCAAAGAUCAGAGAGCCCAUUCUUAUUUCCUCGGCAAAAACGUUCUGUAAAAAGACCAAGGUUAUAUUUUUCUAUUGACUCAGACUCUGAGUGAUUCAACUUUUUUGCCUAAAGUUAUUGGCCCUCUAUGAAUUUUUCGUGAAAUACAAGGGCAUCUAAUGGAGAAAUUUGGUGAUUACUCAUGAAGAAAGUUGACUGGUAUUUCAGUCACAUGAAAUGAUAAUUUUCGAAAGAAAAGGGCAGCUGAAGGAAAAAAAAUGGCUGCAAGGGAGCGGUACUACGGUAUUGAGCUGGCCACUGCAUAAUUUUUUAUUUUUGGGUAAAUAGUGAGCUCGAGGCCUUUAUACCUCUUAAGUGUUGUCUGCACAUUCAAUGAAGCUCUGCCUCUAAUUCUAUGCGUUGUAACUGGGUUGUUACAAGCAGUUUCACCAACACAGAUCAGCAGUUAGGAUUAAAUUGUACAGUCAGUGAUUUAGUCUGAAAAUUGGAGUUGUUCCAUUGGUUCAAAACCCUUGGAUGCAGUGGGAGAAACUCCCCUGAAAGUAACACAAAGGAUCCACCAUUUUGCCUCUUGUUUUAAGAUGUUGAGAUCAUAUAGCCUGUAAAUUCACUCAAAUUCUGCUAUUUAUACAGAAACGCUAUUUUUAUCGAAUUGAUUAU